UCUCCUUCCUACAUCACAGCUACAGUAAUUCUGCAUUGAAUAGAUGUUGCUGUGUGAGAACAGAAAGAGAUUGCAGAGAUUUGUCUUUCUAGUGAUUAUUUCAAGUGUAUGGAUUCUAGAGGAAAAUAAUCAGCUUUGGGAGGUGUAGUUGUAGCUAAAAUCCAAACUUUUCUAGGCAAAGUGCAAGCGACAGGCAAGAGUUAAUCCCAGCUCCUUGCGUGACUUGCGUUCGUGUACACGAAGUUAUUAACGCCUGCCCCUGUGAAACAGUAACUGAGCCCAAGGAUAAAUCCCCGCCCUUAGUGUUACAGUGAACAUCUCCCCGAUGACUCAGCUUAUCUCAGAACAACAGUUCGCAUAGUUACAUCAAUCAGCCAACACUGAACAUAGCCAACUCACUCAGCAGCUAGCAGUCCUCUAUCUCCCAGUGUAACCAGAGGCAAGAAAAGUGAAUAGGAGAGAUGGGGGCUGCUGCGGUUUGGGUAAGACAAGGGGGGGUCUGCACUGAUGGGCUGCUGAUGCUAAGAAGGUCAUCAGUCUGUGGUACUGGUAUGGAAAGGAGAUGGGUGAGGCACUGAGUUGUAGUCACAGUAUGGGAGAGCCAAGUUUAUGACAGCAGUCAGACCUUUCUCGUGCUUGUACACACCUGAUUUUGAAGUCCAAAACCCAUUUCAACAUUUUAUAAUCAUCAAUCUCCUGACAUGAAUCCAGUUGCGUGCAAACUGAUAAACAUGUGAAACAGUAAAUCAAAAGGGCAAAAGUAUCAUUGCCAAGUGCUAUAUUUGAGCAGGUGGAUUGAAGCCUCAGAAGCUUUCAAACCACCCAGCUGGCUCUUGCACGGAUUUCUUUCCACCUUGCAACAUGCUGAUGGCAAUGCUUCUCCCCUUCUUGUGCUGCUUGAGUACUGCUGCUGCUGGGAAGUUGCUGGUGGUCCCGAUGGAUGGCAGUCACUGGCUCAGUAUGAAGGAAGUGCUGACUGAACUGAGAAGGAAAGGGCACGAAAUAGUUGUUGUAGCACCAGACAGCAAUAUCCUCAUAGAUUCUUCAGGGACUUUCACGAUGAAGACGUAUCCUGUACCAUACAAGCAGGAAGAGAUAGAAGAGAUUUUGCAUAGUUUUGGCAUGACCAGUUUCAGUGAACGGCCUUUUCUUACCAGAUUUUUGGAUACUUGGGAACAUUUUAGAAAGUCUUCUGCUAUGUUUCAAGCUUCCUGCAGUUCCUUACUGUACAAAAAAGAGCUGAUGAAAUUUCUGGAAGAAAGCAAAUUUGAUGCAGUCUUUACAGAUCCUCUGACACCCUGUGGACAAAUAGUUGCUCUGCAUUUGUCUAUUCCUACUGUUUUCUUCUUGCGGGGUAUUCCAUGUUCUAUAGAUACUUAUGCUGCCCAGAGCCCAAGCCCAGUGUCCUAUGUCCCACGAUGGUUCUCAUUCAGUACAGAUCAUAUGACAUUUCCUCAGAGAGUGAAGAACGUACUGAUAAGCAUUUCAGAGUAUUUUACCUGCAGUAUUGUCUUUUCACCGUUUGAAAGACUGGCCUCAGACUUUCUCCAAAAGCCUAUGACGUUGACACAGCUUCUAAGUCAUGGAUCUAUUUGGCUGAAGAGAACUGACUUUGCCUUUGACUAUCCCGCACCUGUGAUGCCCAGUAUGGUUUUCAUUGGAGGCAUAAACUGUGGAAGGAAGAAGCUGUUACCUCAGGUUAGUGAGUGACUGGGAAAUGUUCUGGUAGUCAUAUGCUUGCAUGGUCUGUGCCAGAUCUAAAGGCAUUUCAUAUGGACAUUACUUACCUACAGGUGUUAUU